CUCAAGGCAACGUUGUGACUUUCGGACUAGUCCACCCGUCCCGAACCAUCAACUCAACGCAGCGUAACGCAACAUUACUCUUCUCAACAUUUGAUCCAACCGACACUCCCAUUUCUGUUGGACUAGAAAAAGAGGCACCCCCCAGCCUGCCAUUCUGUCCUCACGACAUACAAUCGAUACAGCUCCGAUAUUAGGAUAAGAGAAGGUAUACGUAGAAGGUGAAAGGACGGACGACGAUCACCAUGGCCGACGGCGGAGUCGACAUCGCGCAGCUUUCCGAGGAGCAGCAGCUCGCACUGCAGCAAUUCACCGCGGUGACGGACCAGGACAUCAAUGUGGCGGUUCCGCUCUUACAACGGUGUCAAUGGAACGUACAGAUUGCGAUAGCCCGCUUCUUCGACGGCGAACCCGCAGAAGACCCAAUCGCAGCCGCCGCCACGGCAGACAUACCAGCGCCGCAAGACACGCGGAGACAAGAGACAUUGCUGAAUGGCUUCUCCAGCUCACCUCGAUCCUCCACCUCCUCCAGCCGUCGAGUCCGCGUAGAACCCGCGCCUCGAGUCGUGCCCCAGCCUGAGAACCAGGUAGCAACACAAGCACCUUUGGUCCUGACAUUACUGUUCGCGCCAUUCAGUCUGGUGUUCUCUCUGCUUUCCAAGUAUUUCCGGUUCAUGGGAUAUCUAUUCCCAUUCGUGCCGAGGUUAUGGGGUCGUCUAACAGCGAGCAAUAUCAAUACACCUGCGGGCCGGAGGACCACAGGUGGGAGGCGGCCGCUCAACCCAAGGGACAAUGCGGCACGGUUCAUCCGGGAGUUCGAGGAGGAGUAUGGCAGCAACACCCUGCCCUUCCACGAGGGCGGAUAUGCCAGCGCUUUCGACAUCGCAAAGAAGGACCUCAAGUUCCUCCUCGUGGUCCUCGUGUCUCCCGAGCACGACGAGACUUCAUCUUUCAUCCGAGACACGUUGCUAUCGCAAGAGGUGGUUGAUUUCGUGCGAAACCCGGAGAACAACAUCAUACUAUGGGCAGGCAACGUGCAGGAUUCAGAGGCAUACCAAGUGUCCACCGCGCUCAAUUGCACCAAGUUCCCCUUCGGCGCACUCAUCGUCCACACACCCCAAGUCUCCUCCACCGCAAUGGGCAUCGCCACGCGCAUCGCCGGCCCCACACCCCCCGCGCAAUUCGUCUCGAAGCUCCGCCAGGGCAUCCAAGCCCACAGCGAACCGCUAAACCGCGUGCGCGCGCAACGAGCCGAACAACAAGCCACCCGAAACAUCCGACAAGAGCAAGACAGCGCAUACGAGCGGUCCCUCGCCGUCGACCGCGAGCGCGCCCGCAAGAAGAAAGAAGAAGCCGAGCGCAAGGCCCGCGAGGAGAAAGAAGCCCUCGAGCGCGAGCAAGCCAAAGAGCGAUACGCACAGCAGCUCGCGCAGUGGCGCAGAUGGCGCGCGACGUCCAUCCCCAGCGAGCCCGGCCCCGACGACAAAGACGUCGUGCGGAUAAGCCUCCGUAUGCCGUCUGGCGACCGCAUCGUGCGGAAAUUCAGAGCCGACGCGCACAUCGAGGAACUAUACGCUUUCGUCGAGUGCUACGAUGUCUUGAACCCCGCGUCCGAUGACGACAAUACCGGCGGCAGCGCCGAAGAGCCGUCGGGCUUCGAGCACGAGUACAAAUUCCAGCUCGUGUCGCCGAUGCCGAGGGAGGCCUACGAACUCAAGAACGGGGGAUCCCUCCGCGAGAGGAUAGGCAGGAGCGGGAAUCUCAUCGUCGAGCGCACUGACAUCGCGGACGAUGACGAAGAAGGCAGUGACGAAGAUGGCGGCAGCUCUUGAAGUUUUGACGUUUUUAUAGAGAAAAUUUAGCAUUUAGCAGCGUGUGCACGUUUCGUGUUAGGGUUAUGUUACAAUACCACACCAUAUCAUACUAAAUUACAUUAUAC